AUGACUGGAAUGGCAGAGUAUGUUGGGCGUGGACUGCAAAUAUUAGGUGUAUUGGGUGCAUUUGGUAGUGGUAGUUUUGCGCUAUUCCUGUUAAUGUGGUUUCAACCACAUGAUAUCAACAGUGUACGUAUGUACAUUGCAUAUGUGUACAUCACACUCUUUGCUGUUCUAAUCCCUGCAGCUGAAUUAAAUCUCAUGCAGCACCGACACUUGGUGCGUUUCUCACGCUUUAUGCUCUCUCAUGUUGGUCGUGCCUUUAUGUAUGUUUUCAUGGGCGGGUUGUUGUUGGGGCAGCAGGUUGGAGGUUGGGUGGUGGGAGUGUAUAUGAUUGCAUUGGGUGUACUCAAUCUGUUUGCCGCACCUUUCACGAAAAACUCUGCGGAAGUGUCCACAACAGGCGGCAUGGCGUAA